AUGGCCUCGGUCAUCACACCUAGUUUCCACGCUUCCGACAAUUCCGAAAAGGCAUCCAUUCAAUUACUCAUCAAAGCUUUGGAACUUGAACCACAUAUUGAGGGAGGCUUUUUCAAGGAAACGGAUCGAGCUCCAGAUACGGUUCCCUCACCCUGGGAAUCCUCAACAUCGUCGACUUCGGAGCUGGCUCCACAACGACCAGGCUUCGCCCCAGGCUUACGAAACUCAUCGACCACGAUAUAUUAUCUCCUUACCGAGAAUGGUCCCCAGGGUGGCUUUCAUCGCAACAAGGGCCGUACAGUCCACACGCUUCAUCGUGGACGCGGCCGCUAUGUCAUUAUUCAUGCUGAUGACGACGGACCAGAAAAGAGGAUCGAGACUUUUGUUGUAGGACAAAAUGUUGAGAAGGGCGAAAAGCUUCAAUGGAUUGUAGACGGUGGCAAAUACAAGGCCUCGUAUCUACUUCCCGAUCAGGAAAAUGGCACAGAGAGUCAAGGACUUCUAAUCAGCGAAGUUGUCGUUCCUGGAUUCGAGUAUUGCGAUCACGACUUCUUGGCUGCAGAAAAGUUGACAGAGCUUGUGGGUAGCAAGAAAGCAGAGGAAUUGAGUUGGUUAUCGAGUCCAUUGGCGAAGGGAAAUUAAAGUGUGGUUUUAUUUGGAUGAAAGUGUCUCCCAAAAUACAUCAACUGUUGGGAGGUUUUAUGGUAACGCUAUGUAUACCUGAAUACAAAAGUACUUGAAUUUCAUUGGACGAGUGUCCCAACCACCAAGACAUUCCAGAACAGUUUUGACUUUUAAAUGCUCUAAUUCUUUGGGGACAUCAAAUUGUGGUGGAGAGUGCGUGAAAAAGCUAGUAUUCCGUUCGCUGUUGAAUGUCAAAUCUCAGAGUGAGUAUAUAGAC